CCCCCAGCGCGGCGGCAGCGAUGGCGGCGCGGGGCCGGUGCCCCGAGUGCGGCUCGGGCUCGCUGGUGGAGGACGCGCACUACGCGCAGCAGCAGCUGGUGUGUGCCGCCUGCGGCUGCGUCCUGUCCGAGGGGCUCCUCACCACCACCUACACCGACGAGGAGCAUCUGCGGGAGGUCGCCUAUUCCCAGAGCACCGGGCAGAAGGAGCAGCUGAGCCGCUGCCUGCAGCGAGGCAUCCGGCGGGUGCAGGACCUCUGCAAGGUGCUCAAGCUGCCAGCAGCCUUUGAGGAAACGGCUGUGUCCUACUUCCAGAGGGCUCUGGAGCUGCCUGCCUUCCACCUGGUCAGCCUGGAGAAGAAGGAGCUGCUGGGGGGGUGCUGUGUGCUGGUGACGUGCCGGCAGCGCCGCUGGCCGCUGACCAUGGGCACCGUGUGCUCCCUGCUCUACGCCAAGCAGGAGCUCUUUGCCAGCGUCUUCCUGAGCCUGCAGAGGGAGCUGGAGCUCUCUGUGCCCGCCCUGAGCCUGGCAGACCUGGUGACCACACACCUGAGCAGCUUCCGGCUGGUCCAGCCCAGUGCCAACAUCCCUGGGCCCUUCCUGGAGGACAAGGAGCAGCUGGUGGCCCGGACCAUGGCCAUUGUGGAGCUGGCCAGUGCCACCUGGCUGGUGACCGGGCGGCACCCGGUGCCCGUGGUCACGGCCGCGGCCUUCCUGGCCUGGCAGUCCCUGCGGCCCGGCCCGCGCCUCUCGUGCCCCCUGGCACGGUUCUGCCGCCUGGCAGGGGUGGAGCUGCCCCCUCCAGCCCAGCUGAGGCUGAAGGAGCUGCUGGAGAUCCUGCUGGCGAUGGCCUCCCAGCUCCCCUGGCUGCGCGGCUUCCGCCUGGACAGGAAGACGGUGGUGAAGCACAUCGGGGACCUGCUGCAGCACCGGCUGCUCCUGCUGAAACGCGCCUUCAGCCAGCAGGAACAGCAGGACACGGGCCUGGGCAUGGGCUCUGAGAGCCAGGAGUGCCAGGGCUCUGUGAGCCAGGAGUGCCAGGGCUCUGUGAGCCAGGGCUCUGUGAGCCAGGAGUGCCAGGGCUCUGUGAGCCAGGAGUGCCAGGGCUCUGUGAGCCAGGGGUGCCAGGGCUCUGAGAGAACCAGGGGCCCGGUCAGGUGAGCCAGGGCUCUGGAACCAGGGUGCCAGGGCUCUGUGAGCCAGGGUGGCCAGGGCUCUUGAAGGGGGCCAGGGCUCUGUGAACCAGGGCUGUCAGGAUAAGGACUCUGUGACCAGGUUCAACUCUGUAGAGUGCAGCUUCACUGCAGGAAAGGACUCUAUAGGAUCGCAGGCCAGGGCUCUGUGAGCCAGGGCUCCCUGGAUAAGGACUCUGUGAAUAAGGACUCCCCAGCCCAGGCUCCCCCCAGCUCUCCUGCAGUGCCACAGCAGCAGGGCAGUCCCUGGGCAGGGCAGCAGCAGCAGAGGGGCACCCUGAGGCCCCUGCUGCCCCCCUGCCUCCUCCACCCCAGGAAGAGGCUGCGGGCGGCGGCUCCGAGCGCUGCGGGCGCGGCCGUGACGGGCGAUGAGCCCAUCUCAGACAGCGAGAUCGAGCAGUACCUGAGGAGCCCCGAGGAGAUCAGAGCCUUCAGGAGGGCCAAGGCUUGGUCCUGAAGGUGUCCCUGGCCCAGAGGGACAGUUUGGGGACCAGAAGUGUGGAGCCCACCUGGGACAGAGCGAUUGUGCUGCUGGGACAGUCGCCCAGGGAAUGGGGCAUUUUAUGGAGUGACUGCUUCAGGUCAUGUUACAUUUCUGUUAUAAGUAAAUAAAAGCACAAAAGGUACUAGG